CGGCCUGGAGCCUGUCCCCAAGUCCAACCAAUGGGAGUAGUGUUAAGGGCUCCGCCCUCGACUACUUUCCAGCGCUCGGCAAAGCCGCCAGGCCCGCCCACUGACUCCGCGGAGCUGGGUCGCCCCUGUUCUACCCAGAUCGGGAUGGCAGCGACGCUGAUCCUGGAGCCCGCGGGCCGCUGCUGCUGGGACGAGCCGCUGCGCAUCGCAGUGCGCGGCCUGGCCCCGGGGCAGCCGGUCACGCUGCGCAAGUCCCUGCGCGACGAAGAGGGCGCGCUCUUCCGGGCCCGCGCGCGCUACCGCGCCGACGCCCGCGGCGAGCUGGACCUGGAGCGCGCGCCCGCGCUGGGAGGCAGCUUCGCGGGGCUCCAGCCCAUGGGGCUGCUGUGGGCGUUGGAGCCCGAGAAAGCCUUGGUGCGGCUGGUGAAGCGCGACGUGCGGACGCCCUUCGCCGUGGAGCUGGAAGUGCUGGACGGCCACGACCCCGAGCCCGGGCGGCUGCUGUGCCGGGCGCAGAACAAGCGCGACUUUCUCCGGCCGGGGGUGCGGCGCGGGCCCGGUGCGCGCGGGCCCGGUGCGCGCCGCGCUCUUCCUGCCGCCGGAUUUGAAGACCUCCCCGAAGAUCUGAAUGAUGUACAUCUGGAGUACUUUGAAGAAGUCGUGGACUUUUUGCUGCAGCAUCCAAAGGUGAAAGGUCCUAGUAUUGGGCUUCUUGGAUUUUCCAAAGGAGGUGACCUGUGUCUCUCAAUGGCUUCUUUCUUGAAGGGCAUCACAGCCACUGUACUUAUCAAUGCCUGUGUAACCAACACAGUAGCUCCUCUACAUUACAAGGAUAUGAUUAUUCCUAAACUUGUCGAUGAUCUAGGAAAAGUAAAGUCAGGAUUUCUCACUUUUAUGGACACUUGGAGCAAUCCACUGGAGGAACACAAUGACCAAAGUCUUGUUCCAUUGGAAAAGGCGCAGGGGCCCUUCUUGUUUAUUGUCGGCAUGGAUGAUCAAAGCUGGAAGAGUGAAUUCUAUGCUCAGAUAGCCUCUGAAAGGCUACAAGCUCAUGGGAAAGAAAGACCCCAGAUAAUCUGUUGCCCAGAAACUGGUCACUGUAUUGACCCACCUUAUUUUCCUCCUUCUAGAGCCUCUGUGCAUGCUGUUUUGGGUGAGGCAAUAUUCUAUGGAGGUGAGCCAAAGGCUCACUCAAAGGCACAGGUAGAUGCCUGGCAGCAAAUUCAAACUUUCUUCCAUAAACAUCUCAAUGGUAAAAAAUCUGUCAAGCACAGCAAAAUAUAACAUUGUAGCCACAGACCAGAUACCAUUAAUAAAAAUCCUAUUCAUACAA